AUGGCAAUGCAGCUGACCUCGUCAGGCCCGGCUCUGGCCGAGACAGCUGCUUGGGUGUGGUUCGAUGGUCCCAUACCGGGGCCCAGUCGCCUGCCUCCAGCGGCCAGUGAAGGCCCCAUGAGGCAGCGCCGCCGACGGCUGUCGCAGUCCCACCCCUUCAAAUUCACGAUCGCCUCGCUGACGUUUUCCUGGCACGGUGGCCGGAAAGUCAAAGUAAGGCGCCCCCAGUACUGUGAUACACGGUCGAUUCUGCAACCCGCCGAACCACAUCGGAUGUGUUGCAGUAUCGACCAAGGAGUAUGCGUCGGCGCUCCCGCUCCCGCCCUUCUGUUAUCCGUCCGCGCGGAUGAGGACGAUCGGCUCACGCCGCCCUCCCCCGCCGACCAUGUGGGCGCGCACGCAUAUAAGGACUCGGACACGACGGUGACGAUACCUAACGAUUCCGUGAACAUGCAACAAACUUCGAAGACUACCACUCGACCUUUCACUAUCCGCUUCUGCUAUGCGUUGGGCGCAUUCAUAAUUGGGCCGUUAUACCUGAUAGCCGCCAGCGGACUUUUCAUUAUCCGGCUGUUAUGGCACGAGGAUAGGUUGCGAGGUGUUCCUCGUUGCCCGACUUCGAACCGCAAGUGGAGUUUGUCAAGACCUCGACGUCAAGGAAAGGGCCCAUCGUCUGUUCAGGAACCUACACCAGGGCACGAACCCUUCAGCUCAUAUUCUACCAAGGGGACGCCACCAGCCGCACCGACCGGCAGCUCCCGUCCGUUUGCAAAGAAAAUCCUUGCCGCUCCUGCCAAACUCUUGCGCGAACGCUCUUUCUUGCUCCGUUCGCACAUCUGCCCCAACCCACUCAAUACGCUGAAAGCCGCGCGCUGCACGUCCUCGCCGCCUCGCCGCCUCCUUGGACUCACCCGCGCCGCGACUGCGAACUCAACGACCGACUUCGAGCCCAAACCCAACAGGCCUGGCAAUGGCCCGGGUUUCCGCAUGACGUCUAUGCUAGGCAUUCUGCGCCCCAAGUCCCGCAUGGAGCCUGGGUUCAAAGCCCGCUCGGCGUCUGACCCCACGCCGUAUGCACAGCCAGCGCAUCCCUCAGAUCAGUCUCCCACAGAGUCGCGGCGCACAUCUGAGGAUACGCUGGUCGAACGGGACCCUCCAGCAGCCGCUCGCAGAUACUCCUGGGCGCACGUGACACACCGUCGCGCAGCAUCGACGCCCACACCCCCAGUCGUCACCCGCGCCCUGACCAGCACUGCUGUCUCGCCCCACAUGCGUCGCGAGCCAUCGAGCCGUCCGCGGCGUGCGUCGGAAGGCUCAGCCUCCGCCAACACGCGCAGACGGGAUACGGGCGAGCUAGUGCGGUACCACCCGCCAAACAUGCUCCAAGAGACGACAUUUACGCAAACGUUUACGAACCCCUUCAAGCCGCAACCAAAGCGUGCGAAGACCAUGUCUACCAGUACACUGAACAACAGCGACACCGGAAGAGCACAAUAA